AUGGCCUCGGCCUCCGCGUCGAGGCCCACGUCGCCCGUCCAGGACGAGCCCAGGAGCAGCAGGGCCGCGGCCAGGCCCACGUCGCCGGUCGUGGACUUCAUGAAGGCCGUGGCCAAGGCCGGCAAGCCCAAGGAAGCGCAGCAGAACGACAAGGCGGCCAAGGCCGAGGCCAAGGCCGUCAAGACGAGCAAAGCCAAGGACGAGCCCCCCGCGGCCAAGGCCAAGAGGCCCAAGGUCUUGGCAGACGACAGGGCAGUGACGUCACCUCCGGCCGCCGCCGUCUCCAAGGCGCUGUCAGACAAGACUGAUGCGAGGAUGGCCUCGCCGCCACCCGGCAUGCCUGGCAGGGACGCCCUGAGCAGGCCGACGUCGCCGCCGCCGAGGACGCCGGCAAAGGCCACCAAGCCCCGCGCCGCCAACGGCAACGCCACCGAGCCCAGCGACGCCGAGGCGGCCAGGUCCCCGAAGGCCGCCACACCCGACAUCGGCAAGGCCAUGGCGUCGGCGUUCAGGACCACGCUGAGGAGAGUGGCCUCGGCCGUCGGCGACGAGCCUCCUGCCGUGGCCAGGACCGCUUCGCUGCGCGGAAGAUCCCACUCCAAAGAACACGUGCCAGUUUCAGCGCUGGACUUCGACCCAAGCAUGGCGGAAAUCGUGCGAAUCGGAAGCAGGGUUGACAGGAACAGGGCGGCCCAGAAGUCAGAGCAGUCGGACCAACCGACGACUGCUGGUGCCACCAGCAGGGCCCCGCACCGUCCUCGCGCGCGCCGCGCGGACACAACCCCCAGUGGGGCACCUCCGCCCAAUGGGACACCCCCGCAUCCCCCGAUGGCGGCAAUGGCCAGCACCAGCGGCCCAGCGCCUCGCCCUCAGGUGCUGAACAUCGCAGCCCCAUCUAGUACAGAACCACGCCCCCAGAUGGUGACCACCCCCCAGAUGGUGACCACCCCCAGCAGCGCUGCACCACGCCCCCAGGUUUCUGCCACGCAGCAGGUGCCUUCAACUGGAUCCCCCUCUAAGCCACAGCCGCCGUCGGCAACCUCCCCGGGCAGCACGCCGCCGAGCUCGGGUCCCCAGACGCCCCCGAACGCCGUCCCCGCGGCCUCCCUCGCGAGGAGGCUCUCCAAGUCCCUGUCCAGGGACAACACGUGGAGCGACCUCAAGGCCCUGACGAGAACGGUGGCCAGCAGCGUGCUCGAGAGGAAGAACGCCAUGCGGACGCGCUCCAAGGACUUGGCGACCGCCAUCGAGGCCGUGGAGUCUACCGCCAGCGUCCUGGCCGCGACGGCCCCCACAGCGCCUGCAAACACCCCAGUGACUCCGGCGCCGACGCCCGCCACAACUUCAACUGCCGUCUCAACAACCCCUGCUGUCGUCACCACUGCCGCCCACACUGCCGUCGCCAAGCCCCUCACGGUGUCCAGGCGCUUCACGCUCAGACUGACCCACAAGGAGGCCAUGAAGGCCACGAGCGCGACCAUGAAGCCGCCCUCCACCGUGCCGCCCGCUACCGCCGCCGCCGCGCCACCCGCCGUGAGCACAUCAACGGCUACCCCCGGUACCAGCACCACCCCCACCGUGACCGCGCCGAAAGCCACCCCCAAAACCACGUCCAUCGCGAAGCGCUUCGCGACGCUCAAAAUGGCGAAGACCGCCAAGUCGUCUGGGGCCAGCCUCCCGGUCAAGGACAAGGACCCCUCCGUCACCACGAACAAGGCCACCAGCACGGCGAGCAGCGUGACUACAACCACCACCGUGACGACGACAACGGCCACGACGACCACCACCACCAGCGCGUCCAGCAUGCCCUUCGCCAAGCCCGGGCCCAUCCUCUCCAGCCCGGACUGA